UUUUCCGCCGCACGGCGUCGCCGUGGGCUCGGUCUCGCUCGCCGCUCGCCGCAUACGGCCGCAGCCAGACAGCCAACGUACUCGGGGCGGUUGCCGGGCCGGGGUCCGCGAUCGAUGGCUGCGCGGCGGAGCAGGGGCUGGGCGCGCGGCGCGGCGGCGUUCGCGGCCGUGGCGCUGGCGGUGGGCGCGGGGCGGAGGUACGGGUGGGACGGUGCCUCCGCGGUGGCGGCGUUCCGCGAGGCCCAGGGCGCGCUGGGGCACUGGGCGGCGCCGGCCUACGUGGCCGCGCACGCGCUCACGCUUGCGCUCUGUCCGCCUUACGCCAUCUUCUUCGAGGGCGGCGCCGCGCUCAUCUUCGGCUUCCUGCCAGGCGUCGCAUGCGUCUUCUCCGCCAAGGUCCUCGGGGCCUCGCUCUCCUUCUGGAUCGGCAGGGCAAUUUUCAGAUACUUCACUUCAGCAAUGGAAUGGCUACAGAGGAACAAGUACUUCCAUGUUGUGGUUAAGGGGGUUGAGCGUGACGGCUGGAAAUUUGUAUUGCUUGCUAGAUUCUCUCCUUUGCCUUCCUACAUCAUCAACUACGCGCUAUCAGCCACGGACGUUGGUUUUUUCAGAGAUUUUCUCUUUCCCACAGUUAUCGGCUGCUUACCAAUGAUACUACAGAAUGUUUCCAUCGUAAGCCUUGCUGGUGCAGCAGUGGCGUCGACCACAGGAUCAAAUAAGUCCCAUAUAUACUCUUACCUGUUUCCAGCAAUAGGCAUUGUGUCCAGUGUUCUCAUUUCAUGGAGGAUUAAGCAGUAUUCCUCAGCCCUUGCUGUUCCUGAAGAGCUGCAAAGUUCACCUACUAAUGGAGAUCACAAUGGUGACGCUAAGCUGGCUUCCGCGCCAUCUAAAAAUACCGGAUCUGGGAAAACUAGGAAGAGAAGGUAACUGACAGUAUCCCCCUGUAUUCACUAUUUAUUACAUUGUGAUACCAAGUACCAAGCAGCUACAGCCAAUGCUAGUCAAACAUUUGGAUUUCCACAUUGGUUUACCACUACAGUAAGCUGUCUUGUCUGUUCCAUGCCAUGAUCUUUUGGGGGGGUAUUUAACAGAUGCGCAGGCAGCUACCUUCUUGUUUGUCAAUUGUCAAUGAGCUUCUGUUCUUGUGGCAGAUAAUAUCAUAAAAUGUUGUAACAGAUGCGCAGGCUCACAUAGUCACAUGUUGUACACCCGAAUAACCUGGUGGUUUAGAUUUGGAUCGUCCUGAGUUCAAUUGUAUUCUGGGGAUCAAUAUUGGUUUUCCCUCCCUAAUUAUUGAACUUGACAUGUGCACGGUGUAGUCCAACCAGUUUAUGUUCUUUGGUGUAACAAUUUAAUUCAGAACUGUGUUUGCUUU